AACUUACAUAUGUAAGUCACUUCAUGGCUGGGUGCUGAAUUGUGCUUAUGUGUAUUUCUGUGUUGUAUUUUGCGUUUUAUGUCGUUUAAAGUGGUGAAUUAGUGUAUUAGAUAGAGAGCGGUGGUUUCACGUGGGGACCCGGUGUUACCCAACCCACGCCGGUUUUUAAAUGACCCUUGCAGCGGGUUAACCCUUGGAUACUAAUAGGACUUUGAGCUUUCCGUGUGCAGUGACUUAAAUUUUUUCACACGGAAACGUGAACCAUGUAGAGAGAUGGCUUGCUACAGGUUGAAUCUUUUUUAACAGAUAUUUUCAAAUUGGUACUCAGUUUUGAUGCAAAUGUUCAACGAAGUCUGGUGCAAGCGCAUGCAGUCAGCGCAACCUAACGGCAGAGAAUGAAGCUUCAGCAUAUCUCCAUUCAAAACCUCAUUCAGAAAUUAGUACAUUUUAUCUGCUCUAGUUAGUCUACAGUUUCGCACCAGCUGUGCCGAGUCGCCGGUAGUGUUAGUCAAAGGCGUGCGUUCAUGAGCAAUAAACAGUCGGUCACUGUUCUGUUGAGUGGGAUAAAUGUCAUCAUAAACACCAUUAAUCGCUUAUUUUUACUGGCUUGUUACGGAGGAGACGUGUCUGUGUUUAAGUUUUGGCUCAGGUUUCCCAGGCUGCGAUGGUAAAGAAAGGCAGCCUUUAAGUCUCAGUCUCUCUGCACCACACACACACACGGCUGCUUUGUUCUCCAACACAGCCUGCUGCACACACACAUGCCAUAGGACCCCAUAGGAAUAUUAUCGGAUUUUUUUCCCCCCCACACCAAAUAGACCUACAUCCCGAGCCGUUCCAAGCCCAUUUAUGUUCAUUUAAUCAGUUUUGUCGCAUUUUGCAUUGUAAUUUUAAAUGUUUAUUAUAUGAGUAUAUGUUCCUACUGUUUGGUAUUAUUACACAAAUGUUCCUGUGGCUUUUUGAACGAUAACCACCCAGGCUUUGUGCUGAGCGAAGUAGUUUUUCGAUAUCCUCCUGAAAGAAGUUGCGAAAGUGUCCAGAUUUCCUGCAGUGAGGCUGAAGUGUUCGGUCAUGUUUGUGUGUGUAACAGCAACAGAGGUUGUGUUGAGUAACGAAAAGAGAAAAGGAGGAACAGAAAAGCCAUCUACCCUUUCUCUUAAAGUAUUGUUUUCCGUGUCAGCAGGCAGCCGGGCCCCACUUAUGGGUGUUUUCAUUUACUUUCUGAAAAGGAAAAAUGUAAAUUGUGGAAAGAGGUGUAAAGUUUCUGCCCCUGUCUCUCCCAGCUGUUCCUAUGAUGUCAUGGGCGGGGGUGUUAAUCUUUGGGGUGAUAUAGGAGUCUCCUGGGGCUCAGCGGGGCGGGGCUACAGUGAUGUAAACACAGUUAAAAGGUGGCACACUGCCGGCUGGGGUCUCAGUCUAGAGAAACUGGUUUACACUUUCACUACUACACGUGUUGCUGCUGCUGCUGCUGUGCUGAUACGGAGCUGCUUUAAACACACUACUGACUGCGCUUCUCUGGAUCUAAACUUUAUAAAAGCUCUACUACCUCUCUGAUUUUAAUUUUUUUGUCCUGGUUUUUAUUGUUGCUCUCCCAGAUUCUACAAUCAAAAAUGUUGCAAAGCUUCGCUCAAUCGCAGGAUUGGCUUUACACAGAGCCGCUGCUCUUUGAUGAUGAGUUCUGCCAGAGUUUGAUGAAGGACCUCCAGUCGCUGCCGACACCCCCCCAGUCCCCUCCUAUGAAAGCCGGACUGGGUGGCACUAAGCCCCUGUCCAAGGAGGACCAGCUGAGCUACGUGUCGGACAUCCUUCUGGAGGAUCACGACAUGCAGCUCAACUGGAACUGCGACUUCUUCCACUCCGAUGCUGCAGAGAAGGAAGACGAGUCCAUCCAGCCCUGCUCUCCUCUGGACGAGAGCAAUGAAGACCUCUGGCGUUGCCUGACAUCGGACAAGAACCUGGAGGAGAAGCUGGUCUCCUCGAUGCUUGGCUCCAGCCCGCUGCUGUCUGCCAUUGACACCAGCAUCUUUGAGGAGAUUGCUGGGUCCACGCUGGACUGCCAGAACCUGAUGGACACUCAGGAACCCAGCGAGGCCACAUCAGACUACGGAUCAACUGGCGGCGAGCUGUCCACCUAUUCAUCUAGUGACUCUGAAGAAGAAAUUGACGUGGUGACAGUUGUCCGCUGUUCCUCCAGCCCUUCCCCUCUGCCCCCAUUGGCUGACCUGUCUGCCCGUCAGCAGAAGCAGGAAGAGGAGCAGCGGGCUCUUCAGCGCCACCAUUUCGAGAUCCAGCUGCAACACAACUACGCUGCACCUUGCCCCGCCUCCCCGCCACCUUCCUCCUCUUCAUCCACAUCUUCAACCUCAUCCAACAAGCGCUCAAGGGGAAGUGACGGGUCAUCACGCUUCCACCACUCUUCUCGCAGCUCUUCCUCGUCGUCGUCCUCAUCACGGUACCACCACCACCACUCGUCCCGAAACUCAACAGAGACGGAGGAUGAGGAGGAGCGGCGGAGGACUCACAACGUGAUGGAGCGGCAGCGACGCAACGAGCUGAAGAACUGCUUCAUGCGUCUGCGAGACAACGUGCCAGAGCUGUCGCACAAUGACAAAGCCUCCAAGGUGGUGAUCCUGAAAAAGGCAAGAGACUGCAUCUACAGCCUGGAGGAUGAGAGCCACAGACUGCAGGCCAAGAGGGACAAACUGAGAGCCAAACAGGAGGAGCUGAAAGCCAGGCUGGAAAAGCUCCACAGCUAAUGGACCAGGGGCAAACCAUGGGCUGCAUUUUUAUCUGUUUAGAGACAUUGUGCGUGUGUGUGAGGGGUUCGGGGGUAGACAAGGGAAGAGACUUUGUACAAAGAGAGGCCUGGGCGGGGAUAAAGGAUGGCGUGUCAUGCUGAAAAGAGCGCACAAAGUUUGACAUUUCAAAUACUUUAUGGCAACAAUGGGUCUGGACUGUGUAGACUCACACACGCACACUGUUGCCCCGGACAAACACAACACACUCAUUGCCUCAGAGCGGAUCAUUCUCAUGCCUUGACUGCUGACUGUUGUAGAGCGUAGGAUGUUUUUUAAAGUUGAAACGAGGACAGAGCAAGCAGAUAUUUAAUUUUUUUUAGUUUGGCUGAAUGCACACUGAAAGACAAAAUCUUUUGUAAUUGUUUGUUUUCCCUUGUGUCAUCCCAUUUGAGAACUGGGGUGACACAAGGCAGAAAUGCCUGUUGGGUCAAAUAACUAGAAGCCACAGCAGCUUAGUAGUUGAAUGAAACUUGAAUAUUGUGUUUUCAGGAUGUCUUAUAGCCAUACUAACCAGUGAUCCCUCCACUCUGAUAGGUGUGUGUUUGUGGCUUUGCAGUUAUUUGGUCAACAGCACCGGUUCCAGCUAAAUUCCAACUCUGAUGCUAAUUCAGUUUUUGAUCAGGAAAAGGUUCUUCAGUGUGCAUUCAGCCCUGUCUGGCCUCAGGCGGACCCUUGGGCCCAACACCACUCUGUUAUCAGGUUCAUGUGUAGAUGACAAUACUGUAUUGACCAGGUUUGAUACUGUACACAUAACAAUGCUUGGCAACAGUUCAGUUCAUUAACAAUUCACUCACCCCAGAGUGUGUGUGUUUUUAGAGUUGAGAAAGUGGAAAUGACUUUGUGUAUCUAAAUGUUUGUCAUUAAUUAAUUGAUCAAAUUCAGAAGUAGCCAUAUUAAACAGCAUUCAGGUUUUGAGGUGACUGAACUGGAAAAUGAACUGAACUGCGAGCCGAGCUGUUGUAGCAGAUUAGCCAAAGUCAGGACAGAAAACCUCUGGAUAACAUUUUAUUCUUGCAUUGUCCUGGCAUAUUAUCAGAUUAUUUAAAGGUUCUGGUUGGAGGAAGCUGCAAUUGCAGCGAUACUGUGACAUUUAGUUCUGUAAAGCAGCCAUUUUGACAAGUGGAAAUUACGAAAAAUGCUCAAGUUUUAUUAUGAGACGACCAUUAUAGUGGAAAUUGUGUAAAAUGUCUUUCUGAUUGAUUAGUCAGUGACCCUCGUGGAUCAAAUCUUCUUGGAAACUAGAUUGUCUCUCUACACCUGAUGUGUAAAAUGAAUCAAUGUCCGUUGUCAGAUGAGAUUUGAACCGUGUACUUGUUAGAUUAAUGAGGGCCACUGACUUUGACCAACAUUCCCCCAUUUUAAAAGUCAGACAGCCUUCACCAGCAGCAUUUUGUGCCCAGUUAAUAUGGACACAAAAAGCUGCUGAAGAGAGCUUUGACACCAAGUAAUAAUUUAGGGAGUUAAAAAGUUAAAACUGAGGCUGUACGUGUUCACCAGGAGCCUGUUGUAUCCGUUUAAUAUCAGGUGUUUUGUUGAACUUGUACUUUGGGCUGGGUCUGAAGUUUGAAACGUUAAUAUUGGGGUUGAAUAUUUAAUGGAAUGCCAUUUUAUUCUAAAUAUUGUUAACCAUUAUUGUCAAUGUGAUCCAUUAAUGUGCUGUUUUAAAAUAAGAUGCACAAAUGGCACAAUAUUUGCUUAUUUGUGUCAAAUGUCUUAAAAUGCAUCCUAUUUUUAUGAAUAGAGCUCCUCCUCCCUCAGUCUGAGUGUACUUGAACAGACCCUGGUUGGUAUAAUUUUGGUGGUUUAACGGUAAAAACCUGUUCUGUCUUGAAAUGCAUUCUGUUCAGGACUCCUUGUCUCCCUUGUUUGAUUAUGUCGCUGUCUGGUUAAAACCUCAUCUUCUUCCAACAUCUAACAUACUUUUUUAAGGCAGCUUCAGCUUCUCUGCUUUUCUGUCAAAUGUCUCCGCUUUUUCAAAUUGUUCCUUUGCGACAGAGAACUGCCUUCUGAAGAUGCAAUGAGGUUUUAACAAGACAGCAGUGAUGAUUUUUUUUCUCAGCAUCAUAAAACCUACCUCCACCUGGCUGCAGUCUGGUCCGUAAUGUCUUGUUUUUUAGGUUUGAAUAUUGUACAUAUGUUUCUUUUCAUAUGUAAAUAUUUUUGUUAUUGUAUCAUAAAUUAUUUUUGUCUUUUCUUUGUUUAUUUUGAAUUUAAGGAUUUAACGAAACAGCACUUUUUUUUUUAAAUAUUGAUGUAAUUAAAGAAAUGAAUGAGAGUUCAA